AUGCAGGUUUUUCUUACGUGUAUUUUGCUCAUGUUGACAAUAUUUAUAAGUAGUGGAAUUGUGAUUGCAAAUAAAGAUCGAGAAGCUUUCACAGAUUUAUUGCAAAAACGAAAACAUUUAAAUGGUUAUUGGGUUGGAAAACGAUCAUAUUUAGAUGAAGACUCGUAUGACCAUGAUCGUGAAAAUGUUUAUUCAACAGACCUACUCGAUGAUGAUCAUCUUGAAGCUAAACGUGCUUCAUACCUCGUUGGAAAACGUGGAACUUACCUAGUUGGUAGAGACACACACAAACGUGCUUCUUAUCUCGUUGGCCGCAAACGACGUGAUCUAUCUUCAAAAUUUUUAACUAUCGAUUCAACGUCAGAAGAAAGACGCCGCCGAUGA